GCUACAUCUCACAUCGCUAGCGGCCGCCGACAAAGUUUGCAGAUUAAUUUCCAUUUUAAUUUAGUAGCCAUUAUAAAAUAAUUAAAACAACAAAAUGCCGCGUAUUAUGAUAAAAGGCGGCGUCUGGCGCAACACAGAGGAUGAGAUCUUGAAAGCGGCUGUCAUGAAAUAUGGCAAAAAUCAAUGGAGUCGCAUUGCCUCGUUGCUGCAUCGCAAGUCAGCCAAACAGUGCAAAGCACGCUGGUACGAGUGGCUUGAUCCGAGCAUCAAGAAGACCGAGUGGUCGCGCGAAGAGGAUGAGAAGUUGCUUCACUUGGCCAAACUGAUGCCCACUCAAUGGCGCACAAUUGCGCCUAUUAUUGGACGCACUGCUGCACAAUGCCUGGAGCGCUACGAGUAUCUGCUCGACCAGGCGCAGCGCAAGGAGGAUGGCGAGGACACCAUGGACGAUCCUCGCAAACUGAAGCCGGGUGAGAUUGAUCCCAACCCAGAGACCAAGCCCGCACGACCCGAUCCCAAAGACAUGGACGAAGAUGAGCUAGAAAUGUUGUCCGAGGCACGCGCCCGUCUGGCAAACACGCAGGGCAAGAAGGCCAAACGCAAAGCGCGCGAGAAACAGCUGGAGGAGGCGCGUCGUUUGGCUACGCUCCAAAAGCGUCGCGAGUUGCGCGCUGCGGGAAUUGGCAGCGGCAACAGGAAGCGCAUCAAAGGCAUCGACUACAAUGCGGAAAUACCCUUCGAGAAGCGACCUGCCAUUGGCUUCUACGACACGUCUGAAGAGCAUCUGCAGAAGCAGGAGCCGGACUUUAACAAAAUGCGCCAGCAGGACCUGGAUGGUGAGCUGCGCUCCGAGAAGGAGGAGCGGGAGCGGAAGCGCGACAAGCAGAAGCUAAAGCAGCGCAAAGAAAACGAGGUCCCAUCGGCCAUGAUGCAGAACCAAGAGCCGGAGCGCAAGCGCUCGAAGCUCGUACUGCCGACGCCUCAAAUAUCCGAUAUGGAGCUGCAGCAGGUGGUCAAGUUGGGUCGGGCCAGCGAGAUGGCCAAGGAGAUAGCCGGCGAGAGUGGCAUUGAGACGACAGACGCUCUGCUGGCGGACUAUUCCAUAACGCCGCAGGUGGCCGCCACGCCUCGCACCCCUGCGCCAUACACGGACCGCAUAAUGCAGGAGGCGCAGAACAUGAUGGCGCUCACGCACACAGAGACGCCUCUAAAGGGAGGUCUCAAUACGCCGCUGCACGAAUCCGACUUCUCGGGCGCGCUGCCCAAGGCGGCGGCUGUUGCCACUCCAAACACGGUCAUUGCCACGCCCUUCCGCACUCAGCGCGAGGGCGGAGCAGCAACGCCUGCGGGCUUCCUAACGCCCGCCUCGGGUGCCAUGGUGCCCAUUCUGAAGAACGGCGCGGCUGGCGGCAGCAGCGUAACGCCCGCCUUUGUGCGCGACAAGCUGAGCAUCAAUGCAGAGGAGAGCAUGGCCGUGACUGAGACUCCUGCUGUCUACAAGAACUACCAGAAGCAGCUGAAGUCCACGCUGCGUGAGGGACUGGCUGCUCUGCCCGCGCCGCGAAAUGACUACGAAAUCGUGGUGCCGGAGCAGGACGACAGCGAGGCCAUGGAGACCAGCACGGAGCCGGCAGUUGAGGACCAGGCAGAUGUGGAUGCGCGCAUGCUGGCCGAGCAGGAGGCGCAGCGCAAGCGAGAGUUGGCCAAGCGCUCCCAGGUCAUACAGCGUAACCUACCACGGCCGACGGAGGUGAACACGAAGAUUCUGCGUCCGCAGUCCGAGAAGCAAAACCUCACCGAGCAGCAGCAGGCCGAGGAGUUGAUCAAGCACGAGAUGAUCACCAUGCAGCUUUACGAUUCUGUGCGUGAUCCAGUGCCUGGUCAGUCGCAGCACAAGCUCGAGCAGCUGCAGAGCUACUUUAAGGCCAACCCGUACGAGGAAAUAUCACAGGAGGAGCUGGCCGAGGCCAAGCAGAUGCUGGCCGACGAAAUGGAGGUGGUGAAGGAGCGCAUGGCCCAUGGCGAGCUGCCACUUGAUGUCUAUGGGCAGGUGUGGCAGGAGUGCUUGGGACAGGUGCUCUACCUGCCAUCCCAGCAUCGCUACACGCGCGCCAACCUGGCCAGCAAAAAGGAUCGCCUGGAGUCCGCGGAGAAGCGCCUCGAGCAGAAUCGCCGUCAUAUGGCCAAAGAGGCGAAGCGCUGUGGCAAGAUCGAGAAGAAGCUGAAGAUACUCACCGGCGGCUACCAGGCGCGCGCUCAGGUGCUUAUCAAGCAGCUGCAGGACACCUACGCACAGAUCGAGCAGAACUCGCUCUCGCUCUCCACGUUUCGCUUCCUCGGCGAGCAGGAGGCGAUCGCUGUGCCGCGACGCCUGGAGGCGCUGCAGGAGGACGUGCGCCGGCAAAUGGAACGCGAGAAGGAGCUGCAGCAAAAGUAUGCCAAUCUGGCCGAGCAGCGCGAUGCACUCUUCCAGCAGCUGGAGCUUCUAACGGGCAACCGACCCACAGCACAGCAGCUGCUCGGCUUGGAGCAGGAGGCGCAGGCAUAGACAUAGUUACAUAGAAUUUUAAUAUUAUCGCGA